UUCUCAUACUCCUAUGUGCCUGCUCUUCUUCCCAUAUUGAUAUUGUCAUGAGCAUUCUUGAUCACUUGUGGGAUGAUACCGUCGCCGGACCUAGGCCGGAGAAUGGUCUCGGCAAACUCCGGAAACACCCUACCUUCCCAACUCGUUCCAUCUCCGAUAAGGAAUCGGGUGAAGGUGGAAACGUGAGAUCUUACAGUGGGGAUUCACCAGAGGAUGCAAUGAAAGUGACACGUAGUAUCAUGAUAAUGAAACCAGCUGGGUAUCAGAGUAAUGGAUCAGCACCUGCUUCUCCCGCCGGUUCUACUCCUCCGGUGUCUCCGUUUUCCGGUAAGGAGCUAGAGAACCCUUUCGUUUUCGAAGAAGGUCAACAUCAGAUGCGUACGAGAAGGAGAAGACAGGCACAAACAGACCAAGCCCUUCUUCUCCUUUCGAUGUGUGAAAAAUGAGCCUGCGUGUGUGAAUCGCCUCAAGGCUCAAUGCAUGGAUCACUGAUGAUAAAUGGUGGUGUUUGUUUUCCUUUGGCUCGUUGUUUUUGUUUUGUUUGUGUGUUUCUGAUGUAUAUGUAUAUAUAUAUAGAGGUCGUGUUAUAUAGUUUAUGCGAGUUAGCACGUUGUUUAUUUAGUCUACUCUAGAGAUGCUAAUGCUUCGUCAGUUUAAGUAGUAAGAAGCUGGAGCUGUAUCUAAUCUAACUACUUAAUUAUAUAGUUUGUGUGUAUAUAUGCUUAUGAAAAGCCUUGCUCGUUAAAAUGUAGAUCAGAAAUAAUUGUUGGUUAAAAAAUGCAAAUCUUUUUUUUUUAA